AUGAAAAUCUUUGAUCAUACUUUUCUAUUUUACGUUGUAUUAUAUUGCCUUCCUAAUUUUAUUUGUUACACGCAUUGCUUAAAUACGAUACAAAAUACAAACAAACUAGACCAUACUCUAGCAAUAAUCAAAGACAAAGACCCACUAGAAGAGGCAGAAAUAUCUGAAGCGUACAAUAUUCAUAGUUUUGAGGAUGAAAUAAAAAACAAGGAACUUUUAGAUACAGGAUCCAAAAAUGAUAUAGUUUUUAGUCAUAAAUUAAGUGGCUGUGAUACUCUUAGGGACGAUAUAAUUGAGGUAGCAGUUGAUCCAAUAGAUAUUUUAAAGACUCAAGAAUUCAUUUGUGGCGUAACACCGAACGAACUUCGAUUAUAUUUCAAAGAUCGCAAUAAUAAAUCUUCCAACACUUUGAAAAAGGGCAAACUAUUUUCCAGGUUUUCACUAAAUGCUAUCGUAACACCCCUUGAAACAAUAAAAUCGUCAAGAGAGUGCUUUCGUCUCUUUUAUAAGAGUGAACCCCUCGUAUUUUGUGGCAAAGAUGCAAAAGCAAGAGAUUUGUGGAUGACAUCUAUCUUAAAGGCAAAAUUUUGUCAUUAUGCACAUACCAAUCUGAACCCUGCACAUAAGCCUGAGACAGGAACACUACCACAAUCAUUACCUAAAUUUUCUACUAAAGCUGAAAGAUUAAAGAGCAGGCUCCUUGAUAAGAUAAAUGAUGAUGUUGAACUACCUUUACAUGACAACAAGAUAACCAACGUAGAUAUAAAAAAUAUACUCACAGGAGAACCUCAAAUUUUCUUGAACGGAGACGAAGUAAUACAAAAUGACACUAAAACUAAGACCGGACAAACCUCAUAGGUAUGCAUCCAAUUCCUGUGAGGCCCUUCACAAUGAUCUUGUUGAAUGCUAUAAAACUUCUAAGUGUUUUAAAGAAAUGAAAAGGAGCUUUGAAGAUUGUCUGAAAAACCUUAGAGAAGAUGAAGUAGGAAGAGAAUGUAUAGAAUUAACUCGUGCAUACACACAAUGCCGUAGAAAUUUAUUGAAUGGCAAAUACAGAACUACCGGAAAUCCGUAUUCUUGCUAAGUUUUAAGUUUUUU